AGGCAAAGGAAAUUUUCUUGCCUGGACCAAUGGCCGAUGAUCCUGGAGGUUCUUUGAGUGGCCUGCGUGCAGUUCAUGGCGGGAAACUUUUGCUUGACUUUGAUGCUCCUGCCGCAGGUACGGGGUACGGAACACCUACUUGAGCCCUAGUGGUCUUAAAGGGACCAAUCUGCCCUUACUCAGGGAUCCUAGACCGAGGCGAAGGAUGGCUAAGAAACCCAGUGACAAUGCCAUCCAUGUGGUCCAUUUCUGUCUCGGUCACGGGUGGAUCCCACAGCCAGGGAAACAGAAAAGACUUGUGGACAAAGAAAAGAAAUGAAAUGAAAACCAGAAAGAAGAAAAGAUGCAAGGGUGGGUGGCUUACAGGUAAGGUAGGAGUGGAGGACGGCAAAGUUGGGUCUCAGUCAGAUCAAUGGUCGGUGAGCUGCAAGUAUCCGGCAGGCAUCACGCGCACGACUGAGGACCCAACUUGGAAUUUUAUUAGGGCACAUAAUCGUGGCCAUUGUUAACCUGCCCGAGUCACAGGAAAAGUGCUGGCUGGGAUACAGAUCCCUGGAAGGAGAAAAAGCAAAAGCAGGGUUGGCGAAGGAGUUCCAACCUUGAACUCAAGGCAAGGCCACGGGACAGGGACACUACCGAGGGAAACUGGAUGCGACUCGCGCGCUUGACGGAGUGGAACUGCUGCUGGAGGCACCGUUUGUUGUACAGAGAAAAGCAAAGCUGGGAGGAAGAAAGAGUGACGUACGGCAACUUGGCCGGCCGAACGGUUGGACACCUUCAACCUGGUUAUUGCCCUUGAAUGAUAAGUUCCACUCUGGGUGUACGACGACCCCGACAAUGAGGGGAAGUAAAGGAGGGGAGGGAAGGUGGGGAAGAAGAAGCGGUGGCAGCUCCUCUACGGCAGAUCAGGAUAGAGAGGA